CACGUCGCGCGCCAAUCCAGGAAGUAAAUUGUCCGGUUCACUUCAGUCUGCGGAAUCCAGAAACAAGUGAGAGCAGUAAAUACGUGUCAAAUUCAACAUUUCAGCAAGCUUUCCCGAAGACGUGUGAAGGGACGCCGCAGCGUUGCCUUGCCACAGCUUGUGUGAGUCCCCUCCAGCAGCAGCAGCAGACCGGGUCCGGCUGUCAGCUGUGUGCAGUGAAGCACACACACGCACCGCACACAUACCAGACACACACACCUUAGAUGAUGGUGGACUCCACGUUGGCUCAAGUGGGCAAAAAUCUGAGUGAAGCCAUGAGAAUCCUGGAAGAUGGACAGAGAGAGAAUGAGGUGGGGCCAGAGAAGUGGCGCCUCAACAGAACCAGCAUCCCUGGACCCCUGCAGGGAGAUGGUCAGGAUGUUGCCACUAUUUUGCACCUCGUCCACAACCUCAUUCAUGAUGAGGAGGAGGAAGAGGACAAGCCAAGCCAACAUAGGAUGCAGAAUGUGGGUGAACAGGGUCACAUGGCCUUGCUGGGUCACAGCCUGGCAGCCUACAUAUCUGUGUUGGACAGAGAGCGGCUACGGAAGUUGACUACUCGGAUCCUGUCUGACACCACACUGUGGCUCUGCAGACUGUUCAGGUAUGAGAACGGUUCAGCCUACUUCCAUGAGGAUGACAGGGAUGGCCUAGUCAAAGUGUGUCGGCUGGUCAUUAAUGCCCGUUAUGAAGAGUAUGCCUCUGAGGGCUAUGCAAUCCUCAGCUCCAAACAGCCAGUCAUCUACCAGAGUGCCUCUGGCAGGCCCGGACUGGGGCAGCAUCUGUGCAGCCAGCUUGGCCUGCCUCUCUCUAGUCUGUGUAUAGUCCCAUGCAAUACCAUCUUUGGAUCCCAACACCAAAUGGACAUUGCCCUGUUGGACAAACUAAUCAAAGAGGACAUAGAAGCUGGGAAGCUUCCUCUGCUGUUGAUCGCCAAUGCAGGUACCCCUGGGGCAGGACAUACAGACAAAUUGGGUCGUCUGAAAGACUUGUGUGAUCAGUACAGCAUGUGGCUGCAUGUGGAGGGGGUCAACCUGGCAACCCUAGCACUGGGUCAGAUCACCUCUGCUAUCAUGGCAGCCACCAAAAGUGACAGUAUGACACUGACACCAGGUCAGUGGCUGGGACUACCUGCUGUAACUGCUGUCACCCUUUACAGACAUGAGGACCCAGCGCUGUCACUGGCAGCAGGUUUGACCUCCAGCCAGCCGGUAGCGAAGCUUCGAGCACUGCCUCUCUGGCUCUCCCUGCAGUACCUUGGUCACAAUGGCAUUGUCGAAAAGAUCAGACAUGCCACGGCUCUAAGCCAGCAACUCCUGCAGAAGCUAAAAGCUCUCACCUCCAUCAAAACAUCGGUGGAGGAUGAACUCAGCUCUCCUGUGGUACUGUUCAAGUUUUCCCAGGAAAGUAGUGCCGCAUCCAGUGGGGGUUCAGUGGAAGGUUACUGCGCUGGGGAGAAAGAGGUGCUUGAUUCCUUCAACAGAUGGCUGGGUGAACAGCUGGUUCAGCUGGUUCCCACCAGUGGGGUAGAUGUAGUGGAGCUUGAGGACGAAGGUACAUGUGUUCGCUUCAGUCCCCUCCUGACUGCGGCAGUUCUGGGGACCCAGCAGGAGAACGUAGAGGAGCUGGUGGAGAAGCUGUCAGAGCUGGUGCCUUUGAUGUGCUCCACGAUGUGCCUCAGACAGGACUUCAGAGAGGAAAUCCACCGACACUCACCCUCACUCAGAUACAUAGAGGACCUUAGCUGGCCUGGCCUUGGUGUUGUCAGGUACGAGCCUCAGGCUGAAGGAAUGGAUGAGAGCAGGAGGAAGCAGGAGUUGGAGAAAAUCAACACCGAGCUGCUGAAGAAACUACAAGACCUGGAUACUGACAUCAUUUUCUCCACUGGCCCUGAGUUUGGGACAGAGGAGGACUGUAUUUUUGUUGGCAUGGUCACAGAGGACGUUGAUGUCACAGAGUUGGUGGAUACUGUUGCGGCCCUCGGGAGGGACAUAGAGGAGAGCGGAAGGCUAUUGGAGAACAUGACAGAGGUGGUGAGGAAAGGCAUCCUGGAGGCAGAGCUGCAGCUGCAGAAGGCCAAUGAGGAGAAACUCAUGGAAGAGGGGAUGCUGCGACAGAUUCCUCUGGUUGGCUCUGUCUUAAACUGGUUCUCUCCAUUUGAAAGCUCCAUAAAGGGGAGGACCUUCAACUUGGCUGCAGGUUCCCUGGACUCCACAGAGACCACAUACUCCACCAAGGCUCAGGCAGGCAGGCCGAACCUACAAGAAACUCCCACCUCCUCAUCAAAGAAAUUACCAGGUCAGAGGUUAUUCCGGCGCUCAGGGGUGGGCUCUGACUCUUUUAGUGAAACCAGCUCCAUUGGACAAGCUGAGGAGACAACCAGGGACGGGAGCAGCACUCAAAGUGGUAGCAUCCACCCACCCACCUCUCCACCCGUACCUAAAGAGGACUCUCACACUGCUUGUGAUGUCACACCAGAGAAAAUCCAGGAAUCCUCUGUGCAGGAGCACUCACAGGUCGAGGAUCAAGUGGCGUCAGAGGAGAGGCAGCCUGAAGGCCCAGAGGUGGAGCAGAGUGAGAGAUAGGAUGACUCUCUCUACAGGUGUCCUCCAACCGUCCUCCAAAUGGUACCAGUCUAACAGAUGUUAAAAAGAAAGGUGUUAUUACAUUAAGAAUCUAACUUUUCCAAUUUUGAAGGGAAACCGAUUGAGAGCUAGACUGGGCUGUUUGUCUCUGUCACAGUUAAUGGCAAAGUCCACCCUGGAUUCUUUUACUGUGAUGCUCAGUUCAGUGCAUUCUAGUUAUUUAGUGAUAGUGUUCUAAUAUAAUGCCUGUUGCUGCAGCAGUCUGAUAAAUAUGUUUUCCAACAAUUUUCAGAUUUGCCUUUUGACCACUCCAAAACUGGACAUGAGAGGGUUGCUCUCAUUCCACAGUGUACUGGUAUACAUAAAACAUAUGUCUGGGGGAAAAAAAUAAGCACAUCUGCCUCUUAUGUGCUGAAUUCUCAUGGUAUCAUUUUUUUCUGUACAUUUAUGAAAAAUGUUCUGCUAUCAAACUCCUCUGUAGCUGCACUCAAAAUAUCUUGACAGAUCAUGUCCAGAGGUGGGUAGAGGAACCAAAAACUGUAAUUGAGUAAAAGUACUGUUACGUUGCAACAACAAGGACUCAAGUAGAAGUAAAAGUAGUAGUAGAGUUAGAGUAUUAAAGUACUUACUGAAAAAACGACUUGAGUAGUGAGCAACUUAAAGGAGCACUUCACCCACCAUGUGACCAUUUGUAUAGCAAUUACUCACCGCAUGUUAUGUUGAAUUCUUGAAAACAACUGUAUUUUUAUCUCAUGCCUCCUCUGUGAAUGGAGAAUCUAAAAAAGUUGAACAUUCUUCAUGAAUUGAAGUCACUGGGGAUCACGUUUAACAAAAGCAAAACUGUAUCACAACAUUUGUGUAUAAACUCUCACACAACCCAUAUAAUCCCAUACUCAUUUAUCCAGUUGUAUGCUCAGUACAUCCUAAACACAUGCAUUUUCACUAAAACGUUACAAUAUCAUACACUUUCACCUAUGAGUAGUGGGCUCUGAGCGUGCCUAAGCAUGCACGUGCUUAUGAAAUCCGCUUGAGCAAAGUUUAGAUGACUUUGCCGUGCAUGAGACUAUCUGUAUUGACGUAGGGGUGGGCGAUGUAUUAAUUAUAGUCGUUGUAUCUCUGCUUGUUCCACGUGGGAUGUAGACAGUGACCAUAUUGUGAACAUUGGGUAUAAAUUUCUUGUCAUUUUUUUAAGCCAUUGGCAUGACACUCGCUUCCAAAAAAAGAAAACUAAAGGCUCACAAACAUGUUUCGUCAUGUUUUGCCCACCCAGACCCAUUUCCGGCAGGGAUAGUGUGUGAGCAGGCAAGGCAUGUAUUUUUGUAACUGCAGGACUCCAGACUAUUUAGUCAUGUUUUGUGACCUUGGAGCACCAGGGUAACUUGCAGAUAUUAUUAAUACAUGAACUCAAGAGCUGUUACUUUGUGUUCCGCUUACGUUUAAUGGCACUGAGUUAACAGUUUAACUUCUAACAAAUUUAAUGAUAGUGUGUUAGCAGGCAAGGUGUGUAUUUUUGUAUCUGCAGGGCUCCAGGCCACGAUUGUUAAGUCACAUUUUACAACCAUGGAGCACCAGUGCGACUUGCAAAAUGUAUCACUGUAUGAACUGGAGGGCAGUUUGUUUGUUUCCAACUCGCAGUGAACAAAUCCUCGUGUUUAAUGGCACCACGUUAAUGGUUUAACUUUCUUCUAACUUUUAACAAUAACUCUUGACCAGAAGCUUCAAGUUCACAACCAAAACAUCAACACUUUGGCUCAAGAUGAGUCGGGUGUUUCAAAAUAAAAGCACCAGUGGUUCUCCUUUGAUUUAUUAAAUUAUAAGAAUACUUUAUUUAAUGUUAUUAUAAUAGUACCUUAUUUCACUUUAUUGUAACAGUAGCUACUUUAAUUAACUUCAGAGUACAGUAGAUUAGAGGGGAUUUAAAAAAAGGUAAAAAAAAAUAUAGAUAUAGAUAUAGAUAUAUGUGUGUGUGUGUGUGUGUGUGUGUGUGUGUGUGUGUGUGUGUGUGUGUGUGUGUGUGUGUGUGUGUUUGUAUCGCAAUAAAGCUUAAAAAUAUUGCAAUAUUAUUUGUAGGCCAUAUCCCCCAGCCAUAAUACUAAUGUUUUUUUAAAUCAUAAUUUUUAGUAAAAAUGCAUGUGUUUGGGAAUGGAUAAAUGUGACUUGCAUUAUACUGCGUGAGUUGUGUGAGAGUUUGUAAAAGGAUGUUUUGAUGUAGUUUGCUGUAGUUAAAUGUGGAACCAAUGACUUCAAUUCAUGAAGAAUAUAUAUAUAUAUAUUUUUUUUGAUUCUCCGUUCACCAUUGAAGCAUGCGAGAAAAACUGUUUUCUUAUUGAUUUUAAGGCAACACACGGUGAGUAAUUAAUAUAAUAGUCAUUUUGUGGGUGAAGUAUUUCUUUAAGAAAUUUUAAAAAAGGAAAAACCUCGGCACAUUACUGUCUUUUUCCGGUAGUCUUUCAUCUGUUGUGGAUUUGACUGGAAAUAUUUUAACCACAGAUGGUCUUCCUCAGGUAAAAGUGAAAAAGUGGACUAACAACUGUAUUGAUUUAUGAUGAAAUGACAAUUCAUCAUCUCCUGAUUAGAUAACCUGCCACAUACACCAGGACAAUAUUCCUGGUCUGUAUCUCUCAAAUGGGUAAUGGAGUAAAUGUAACUACUCACCUCUGGUCAUAUCAUCUCUGACUGGCCCUGUAUUCACAGGUAUAACAGGAGUUAAACGACUGAUUGAAGUGUUUUAGGGUGGAUUUUUCCUUUAAAGGUAGGCUGGACAAGAGUUUUCAGAGUGACAUUCAGCCCAGCUCUGUGUUUUUACACUGAUCUAUUCGGGGUGUCUUGUUGGAUUAGAGCGGAGGAGGAGCCAGUAACACACAGAAUUACUUUAAGAGUAUGUAAAGAGAAAUAUGAUUGGUUCAGGAUCAGAGUCCCCGUCUAAUCAUCACCUCAACACUGAACUGGAAAUACAGCAGCCUGAUAUUAAAGCAAUGAGUCUCACUGAAAUCCAAAUUCCUUACUGUAAAUAGUCCACACAGAUGUCAUUUAUCUAACCCAUGAAAUUACUAACUGAUUAUUUAUAAUAAAAUAAAUCUGUAUAGAAGGAGUAGAGUAUCAUAAUAUAUUUGAUUUUUAAAAAAGCCUACUGAUAGUAGCAAUCUCUUGCUUUCGGCCUCUACACACUACGGUUAAGUUUGCACUGAAAGAACUCUUAAACAAAGAAUGAAGUCUGAAGAUUUUGAGACAAAAAUCACUUUUUUAACUUCAUGAGAAAUAGUCACAAUAUUGCAAAAAUAAAUUGUAUUAUUGUACAGUUAUGAGAUCAUUUCACACAAGUAGUUAAAUUACAAAAAAUACCCUUUGGAACUAAGAAAAAUGCUAAGUGCUUGGUAAUCAUUUGAGAUUGAAUUGUAAUUUUAUGAGAACAAAAUUAUUAUUAUGUGAAUAUUUAAUUAAUGAGUUAUGUAGAAUAGAUCUUUUACCACUGUACACAUAUAAAGUUACUAUUUUUCCUUUGUGUUUUGACUACAUUCAUUUCCCUACGAGUAUACAAUGUACAGUACAGUACAGUAUACAGCUCUGGUGUUUUAAAAUAGAGGUGGACAGACUGUUCUCUGUUUACUACGACUGAGUAAUGAAAUAUACAUUUUAGGCUUGGGCAGUGUCUAUUUUUUCAUACCCUCAUACCAUCCUUGACACUUUAUCUGGAUAUACGGUAUAUGAUGGUAUUUGUGUUAAAGACAAAAAUGUGAAAGCUAAGCUAGUGGUGAUAGAGGUCAUUGUGGCAUGUAUGUCAUUGUCUGAGCUAGCCUACAAUGCUUUGUUAUUAAUAUGUGAUUACCCUACUUAGACAGGUUUUGAUGGGUUUAAAUAGUUAUAACCCAUAGAAUAAUGAAUAGAUAGGAAAUAAGCGUCCUUCUUGCUGGAGGACCCAAUGAUACUUGUUGCCAUAGCAGAUAACGACACAUUAUUGGUGUCAACGCAGAUGAUGUGUUGGAUAAAAUCUUGCGGUUAAGAAACUGCUUUUGUAGUUGGAAAAACAAGAUAAAGAUACAUUUGGUAAUACUCCCAAACAGGAGCAGAAGCAUUUCUCUUUUUUACUCAUCCUGUAACGUUAUCCCCACCACUUGCAAUUGCCAUCUUUCUCAGCUUAGCUGUCAGAUCCACUGGUAGAGACUGACCUCUUGUGGUACAUACUGUGUAGUCCAAUCAUUCCCUUCACUACAGCAUCACUGUAGUAGUUUAGUAGUAAGGGGAGCAUCUGCAUUUUUGAAGGUAUUGAAAGUCAUACCUUUGGGAUGUCUAAAUACCUUGAUACCACCCAAGCCUAAUACGUUUAUUUCACAACAAAUUUAUUCUCAUUUCAAGUAUUUUCCUAGGAAUUAGGACUUUGCUCCAAUAAGAUCGUGUCCUUUUCCAGUAAAAUUACAUCUUUAUUUUGAUAGUGUGAGGACCCCCUCUCCAAAUACUGUGACUUUAUUCUCAAAAUUUCAAAAUAGUGUUCUAACAAUGGCUCUAAUACUCCAUUUUACAAUAUAAACUCCAGCCACAGCUCCAUGUAUCAAAAUCAGAUUCCCUUUAUUAUUGCAAAUGCAGCUGAGAUCAGAGUAAUGUUAAGGUUUUAUGUGAAUGUAUUUUAUUUUGUCAGUAAUGCAGCUUGAGCAAAAGUGAGCUGUCACAGAGGACUGUUGCCUCACAGGCACUUAAACUGUAGGAAUAUUUCUGUCUUGCCAAAUACAUCCUGCCAGACAUCUGUCCAAGUAAAUCCCGUCCUGAUUACUAUUCAAACAUUUUCCAACUGCCAUAAUAGAGGGCCAACUGGAUGAUUUUGUUUGUUUGUUCAGUUUGUUUUGUUUGCUUAUUUGUUCUUGUUUGUGUGUUGUUGUUUUUUUGUCUUUUCUUUGUCAAUUGUGGAAGCAAAUAAGAAACAAAAGUAUUUGAAUUUUAACAGCCACUGAAUACUUAAAAUUUAAGCACCACUUAAUUCAUAGCAUUGAAAUAUUUCCUUUGAAACCAUGUAUCUGAAUUUUCUGUUUGGAAUUCACCUUCCUAGAAAUUAAACUGUUUUUUUAUUUGCAAUUUCAGAAGCUGAAUAUGAAUACUUUUUUCAAUGUUCACAAAUUCAGAACCAAAAAUUCAAGUUUCAGAAUUUUCAAAAAAGUUCAACUUACAUUGCCCAAAUUUAGAUCUAAGAAGUCAAGUUGAAAAAAAUUUAGAUAGAAUGUCGAUUAAUCAAAACAUUCAGGCUCAAAUGUCUAUCCUCUCCUGGGUAACUUAGAUGUUGCUAUUUCAAUUUUUUUACAACCUGAAUUUGACUAGUUGAAUUUGAGCAACCUGAAUCUAUUUUUUGUAACUCUUCUGAACAUAUGUAACUUUUGAACAUAUAUACGUAUAUAUAUACACGUGUGUAUAUAUAUAUAUAUAUAUAUAUAUAUAUUCAAAUUCAGCUUUUGAAAUUGCAAAUCAAGAAAUAUAUGAUAACAUAUAAAUAACAUAAUUAACAUUUAAUAUAUCUUAAUUUCAAAGAGGUGAAUUUGGAACAAAUAAAUUUAGAUACAUGGUUUUCAAUGCUAUGAAUUCCGUGCUGUCUAAAUUUUAUUAUCAAAUAUUCUGUAGCUAUUAAAACUCAGUUACUAACAGUGUGUGUCUUUUUUGCUUCCGUAACAAUUAAGUUGAUUCUGCUGGGCUUGGAAAUUCACUCAGCCAACGUUGAGGUCCAUCUUUUGCCCCUGUUCCCUUGAUGUCUUUUGGGACUAAUAAUGGCAGAUAGCACAGGCCGAUGAUGAGCAUGUUGUUUGCAUUUUUUAAAUGUCUCUUGAAAGGAUUUCUGUGUGCAGAAGUUCACAAAGUUCAAACAGUUCUCACACCAUCAGUGAGCUAAAUGAAUCGGGCAGCUUUCAAGAACAGUUUAUCAUGGUUUGAGAUGUUCAUGUCCUGCAUUCCUUUUGCAAUCUGUUUCACAUGUGUGAACAUUAUUAUCCAGUGUGUCUACCAUACCAGGACAGACAUUUUUAGGGUAGAUCUUAAAGGACCCUAUACACGGUGUGGUUUUGGUCAUCCCAGAUGAAAGUCAGUCAGUUGUGAGAGAAAUGUGGUAAAAUCUGUGGAUGUCAGUCUAAACUGUGGUCCCAGAUUUCACAGUGAGGCACCUCCACCCACAACUGCUACACAAGUUUUCAAAGACAGCCUGCUUCAAACUGACCUGCCCAGUCCUGACAUCACACUGUAACUGCUCGUAAACAUGCCCUCAAAACUGAUAUUAUGACUGGUUGUGACCAAUAUUGCAUUAGACCAGGGGUAGGCAACUUGCAACUCCAAAGCCACAUGUGGCUUUUUAGCCCCUCUCCAAUGGCUCUCUGUGGCAUGGACAGAAAUGAAAGUGAAUAACGCUUGUUUUAAUUGUCAUUUAUCAUUGUUAAAAGCCUAAAGUGAUUCUUAUUCUUUAAUUAUAAAAAUGUGUAGCCUAUACACUGAAUUAAAAAUGUUUUAAAGGUCCAGUGUGUAGGAUUUAGGGGAAUAUAUCAGCAGAAAUCGAAUACAAUAUAAUAAUUAUGUUGUCUUUUGUGCAUAAUCACCUGAAAAAAAAGAAUCGUUGUGUUUUUGUCCCCCCUAGUCACUGUAGUUAGCAGUCCCUCCACAAUGAGCAGUAUUGGAAAAACACUGUUUUUUAUGUGAAGAUUCUUUAUUUAGUGUGUUACUGGUUGAAAUCACUGGUAAAGGGAAGAAGAGACCUCUGCGGAUAAUUCUUCUCCCGGUAAAAACCUCUUGAAUGUUUGGAUCAGAAAUAAGGUGAGCACACAUUAGGAGGCACUGGGCGAACGGCCAGUUUGCAACGUGCCAAAUAGCGUAGGAGAAACACUGAUUUAUAAUGUUAAACUGCUUUAUUCAGUGUAUUUACUGGUUUUAAUCACCUGGUCGUUUGUUUUAGAGAGGAAGGGACCUCAGUGGAUAAUUCGGCUCCCAGUGAAAACAUCCUGAACAAUGAACACUAAAGGAAUUCUAACUGGGAGAAGUUUCAGCUGGUUGCAAUCUGCAAUUCUCACCACUAGAUGCCACUAAAACUUACACACUGGUCCUUCAACAUCUUGUCAACUAAAAUGUGCGCCGCACCAUCUUACACAGUGUGACACAUAACACACCUGUGAGAUCACUGUAAUGCCACCUUGUCUAGACGCCUUAAUGUCUCACUGAAAGUGUUGGAAAUUUCUUCAAGCUUUAUUUUGGCAAAGAAACCAUGGGAGUAGCAGGAAAUGGAAGUGUGUUAUGAGUUCACACUUGAUAUAAGGCUGCAAUGGGAACUCCUCUGAACAUGGAAAGUUCUGUCACCUGAUAGUAAGCAUUUUGAUGCAACUUUACACAACAGGAUUGACAGUUUCUCAUUAGUGAGGGAUUCUCAUUCAUUUUACGCCUUUUGGAACUGAAUGGAAGCGAAUAAGUCUCAAUAGGUUUGGCACAAUGGUUUAAAAUUUGUAUUCAUGGAGGUGCCUGAAUGUAAAAACUAAAUAUUAAAACAAUGAGAAAUGCCAAAACCCAACCUUUAGCACUGGUGGAACAUUUACCAUAAAGAGUUGUAAAAUGUGGGUGACAUACAGUGCUUUGAUAAGGAAAUAACAGUGAGAAUGAAGAUUACAAAAGAAUCUAUUUCAGCGUUAUUGCACUUGUUCUGUAGAUAAUUUCUUUACUACUGUUCUUUAUUUCUUUCAUGGUGUAAAUGAAGCAGAAUGGUGUUGAUGAUUAUUUCUGUUAUGUGAUUAUAAUGCAAAGCUAAAUCAAUAACUUUAUAACCCUAUAAGAACAUGUUUGAUGAAGAACUUUUGAUUUGUGAAAUGUCCUGGACCGUCCUGCCUCUGUCACUGUCUGAAUGAUUGAUUGUAUUUGAUAAGCAGAAUCUUUACUCUUGAAUCUUUUCUACUAUUAGUUUAAAGUGCAGAAACGCUUUGACAUUUUGUGUAAAUUCUGUCUCUUAACAGAAUAAAUUCAAAGUUUUCUAGUCUUAAUGUGAGGCCACAGCUUUCUGUGGAUCAGUUAUAAUUCUAAAAAUACCUCCCUAUCUGAUUUGAAGUCUUCCUUUGUACUGCUGGGCAUUGGUCAUUAAAUGCAACUGGCAUGUUUGUGG